AUGGGCGUAACAAAGCUAUGGGAAGUCAUUGACCCUGCGAAACGAUCCUACACGUUGGAGGAAAUCAGCGCCGAUCGUGCCAAUCGAGACAAUCGCCAUCAACUCUUUAUCGCCAUUGAUAUUGCGCUUUGGACUUACCAGGCCAAUUCGUCAAAAGGUGGAAAGCGACCUCAAUUGAGACUUAUCUUUUAUCGCUUUUGUCGACUCUUUGAACUUGGGAUUCGAGCUGUAUUUGUGUUUGAUGGACCCAACCGACCCACCUUUAAACGAGACCGUGAGAUCAGUACCAUACCUGCCAACAGCGAGUUUCGGCGAACCGUGAUAGCCCUUGCCAAACUAUUCAAUUUCUUUGUAUGGCAUGCCAAUGGAGAAGCUGAAGCCGAAUGUGCUGCCUUGGAACGUCUUGGAUUUGUGGAUAUGGUCAUGACCGGUGAUGUGGAUGCUUUUCUCUUUGGUGCUAAACGCUUGAUUCGACAAUGGCCAACCAAACGACAUUCCCCUGUACCUUGUUAUGACAUGGCGUGGAUCACCGAUACCACAGGACUCGAUCGCUCGGAUAUGAUCUUGAUUGCUCUUUUACGUGGAUCUGAUUAUCAUCAUGGAGGAGAACGUGUGGGUAUUCGUGUGGCAGAAGGAUUGGCGCGAUGCAAGAAACAUUUGCCUUUGAUGGAAGCCGUGCAACGCGCUAAACAAGACCAAUCGAAUGUUGAGGAAGACGCUAUUGAAUCAUUAUCACAGCAGCUGAUUGAAGAUCUACAAUAUGAACUUGCUCAUGGUAGUCAAGGACAUUUAUCAAUGCAGUAUUCGCAAAUCGACUUGGAUGAUGGCCAUUUCCCUGACAGACGUAUUCUUGACGAUUUUGUUCAUCCAGAAACACGCAUUGCCAACACAACAACACGCGACCUUGAGCAAUGGAUCAACAGCGAGAAUUCAGUGGAUUUAGCCGAGAUUGCUCAUUUCUGCAAAGUUGUAUUCGAAUGGCCACCCAAAUACCUUGUACGACGAUUCCAGAAUUUAUUGUUUCAUGCAUACCUAAACCAGCACCUACGCAACCUUGCCUCGACACCUAGUGAUGCAGUGGCAGAACCAAUGUCUUCGCAACAAAAACGACGCAAAAAAUCAGAGUCAUCCUCAUCCUCCUCACAACAAACGUACAUUCAAUCGCAAAUCGGCUCCUUCUUUGGUGUAUCGAAAGGAGGUUAUAAUGAUCGCAGCAUAAUGUCUUCGCAACCAAAGCCUGAUAUCCUCCAUAUACGUAAUCAAAAGGUCCUGGGGAAUGUAUUGUUAUACCACGUCGACUUUGACCUCCAUUUAUUGGAUGACUUUACCGCCACCAUCACGUCCAAGCUGGAACAUGCGGAUGAAAAAUAUGCCCAACUUUUGGAUCCUGAAUGUGCAUCACAAGGGAUGGAUGAUACCAAUGGUGCCAAUGGUGUUGAGGAGGAGCAGGAGGAUCAAGGUGAUACGAUCGAGCCAGAAAAGCUUUGUCGAAAGUGGAUGUUAGCGGAUCUCGUAGCCAUGGCAUUUCCCACUAUGGUAUCCAAAUUCAAGCAAACCGUUUCUUCAAAGCCAAAGUCCACACCCAAGAAACCUACUCGCAAAAAGUCUCCCAAGGACAAAGGCAAAGGCGUGCAAACCAAAUUGACUGAUUACAUUAUACCCAAAACAACAGCUAGUGAUACCGUGGUAGUUCUUGAUGAUGAUUAA